UACUUGUUUAGACAUAUCUGUAAACGGACCGAGUUGCUUUCGCGUCCUCGGCUUGACGCUUGUCACGAUGGCUGUUACAGAUAUUAUACAGAGUUACCUAGGCAAAUCAGCCGACUAUUUCACAAUUGUAGGCGUUUUGGUUACAGCAUUUGCAGCCUUUAGAGCUACCUCAAGCUUUCUUAGUGGUGUUUGCACGUAUUUCCUUUCCAGUUUCCUAGGCCUGUCUGCUAACUUUAAAAACGCAGGACCCUGGGCAGUUGUGACUGGGUGCACAGAUGGCAUUGGCAAAGCUUAUGCAGAAGAGCUGGCAAGGAGGGGACUCAAUGUUGUGCUUAUCAGCCGGACUAGAUCAAAACUGGAGGAUAUGGCAAAAGAUAUUGAGAGUCGAUUCAAAGUGAAGACAAAAGUAAUUGCUGCAGACUUCACUCAAGCAGACAUCUAUGCUGAUAUUGGCAAAGAACUGUCAGGAAUGGACAUUGGUACCCUUGUAAACAAUGUUGGGAUGUCCUAUGACUUUCCACAGUACUUUGCUGAAGUGGAGAAUCUGGAGAAGGUAAUAAUAAACAUGAUUAACUGCAACACAGCUUCAGUUGCGAUGAUGACAGCUCUCAUUCUUCCAGGCAUGCUAGCCAAGAAGAAAGGAUUCAUUAUAAAUAUUGCUUCAGCUUCUGGCAAGAACUUUGUCCCAUUUUUGACUUUGUAUGCAGCCACCAAGAGCUUUGUCAUUAACUUUACCUUGUCACUUCAGGAAGAGUAUGGUAGUAGUGGAGUUACUUUUCAAGUUGUGACACCAUAUUUUGUAGCAACAAAGAUGAGCAAGAUCAGGAAGGCCAAUGUUUUUGUACCUUCCCCUGAGUCAUUUGUGAGAAGUGCUCUCGGAACUGUGGGUAUGCAGGGUCAGACUUGUGGUUGCUGGAGCCAUGCACUUCAGGACAAGUUGUCAGUAAUAAUUCCUCGUUUCGUUGGGAUAAACCUGAUGAAACAAGCACGUGCCAGGGGUCUAAAGAAGAAAGCUAGCAAGAAAGAAUAAUAUAAAGCAUGGAAUGUGUGGCAGUUAAGCCAAACCACUCACUCUGGCAACAGACAAAUAAUCUUUUAGGUUUAUUGCAGGAUGUUUCUUUUAAAAAAAAAAAUGUGGAUCUAAAGCAUUCACAAACUGUUUACACAUUCUUUGUCUUAGAUAAUUUUCUUUCUAAUAGCAUUACUAUAAUGAGAGACAAAGAAUCAAAAUCUAGUUUGUCACAUUGCAAAUAAUGUGUGUUUUCUUUGGUAUCUUUUUCAAACUUUGUCUUCAUUGCUAAAAGAACUUAAUGAGACAAGCAAGUCAAAUGACGCUUUGAAUCAUGUAUGAGCAAAAUUUCAAGUAGCAAAGCUAAUUGUUUCUUACAAAUACCUCUAAAACAAAUGUCAGAGCCUUGAACACAAAUGAAGCUUGUGAUUCCUGCUUUUUUAAAGGUAGAACCCAACCAAGACAAGUCUGUUUACAUUUCUUGUUGGCUUAGUCUUUCCACAGAAUACAAGUUUUCCAUGCUUUGUGCAGAUUUCAAGCUAUAAAUCAAAGUCACACUGUCCUAAAGCUAAAUUGCUUGUGACUUCUCCAACAUCACUCGACACAGUUUUCCUAUUUUCUUUCAUUGGUCUACAAACAUGGCAGACUUCAUGAGUCAGACUGAGGCUGUGUUUUUGAUAAUUUUAUGUAAGCAAUUUUCUUUUUUUUUUUUUUUUUUUUUGCAACUCAAAAUUUUGAUUGGACACGAUUCAGAAUAUCAGAAACUAUCACUUUAGCUCAACUUACCAUUUGACUUGCUUUUUCUUUUUUUAAUCCCUUAGGAGUUUGAAGUUUUCUGUUUGUACUUUUACAAAUUAAAUAUAUUACACUAUCA